AUGUCCCGUCAUGAGGGUGUGAGCUGCGACGCUUGUUUGAAAGGAAACUUCCGGGGAAGACGAUUCAAGUGUCUCAUCUGCUACGACUACGACCUGUGUGCGUCGUGCUACGAGAGCGGUGCCACCACCACGCGACACACCGCAGAGCACCCCAUGCAGUGUAUACUAACCAGGGUAGACUACGAUUUGUAUUAUGGCGGCGACACCUUCUCACUGGAGCAGCAUCAGGCGUUCACGUGUCCUUACUGCGGCAGGAUGGGCUUCACGGAGACAUCCUUAAAUGAGCACGUCACCGCCGAGCACCCAGAGACGACCACCGAGGUGAUCUGUCCAAUAUGCGCCGCCUUGCCUGGGGGGGAUCCCAAUCAUGUCACAGAUGACUUUACCGCCCACCUCACACUUGAGCACAGAGCACCUAGAGAUUUAGAUGAGUCGAGCAGCGUUCGGCACGUUCGGCGGAUGUUCCAUCCUGGGCGGGGACUGGGCGGUCCCCGAGCACGACGCACCAACAUGCACUUUACCGGCGGCUCCACAGGCGGCCUGUCCUCAUCCACGUCAUCAUCACAGAGCUCCACCUACACGCCCAGCAACAGGGAGGCCAUGGACCCCAUUGCUGAGUUGUUGUCGCAGCUGUCGGGUGUGCGACGCGCUGCGGGCGGCCAGAUUAACUCAUCGGGGCCGUCGGCCUCACAGCUGCAGCAACUACAGAUGCAGCUGCAGUUAGAGCGGCAGCAAGCGCAGGCGGCGCGACAGCAGGUGGAGACGGGCCGUCAUGCCGCCCGGCGCGGAAACAACCCAACUAAUUCCGCCGCCAGCUCAACCGCCGGCGCCGUCCCACCGACCUGCGCGGCCGCGCCCAUCACGGGAGCGCCGGCUGAAAGCAACCCAUCAGCUUCAUCCCACAACUCACAAUUUCUAUUAGCACGGCUGAACGAGCCCAAAAUGUCGGAGGCGGAGCGUCAGCUGGUGGAGGGCGAGCGUGCCGACCGCAGCCUGUUCGUGCAGGAGCUACUACUGUCCACGCUCAUGCGCGACGAGAGCUCGUCGUCCGACGAGGAUGAGCGGCGGGACUUCGGCGACUUCGGUGCCAUGGGCUGCGUGGACGUCAUGCCCCUCGAUGUGGCGCUGGAGCACCUGCAACUCCGCGAGAGAGCCUCCGCCGCCAAUGAGCCUCCGCCGCCGCCUCUUUGA